AUGUCAGUCCGGAAGCGAGAAAUGCAAGUCAGCGAUGUGAAGCCCACUUCUCGUCCAUUCAGUUCUCAACACUCCAGCCGUCGAAACUCAUUCCCUCCGAUCUCGGCAGACCCUUUCAACGAUCCGACUAAGGAUCGUAUCAUUAAACUGGAAUCCCCGAUUCGAAGUCAGGAAAAGGUUACCUUGGUAAUAUUUCCGGAGAAAAAAGGUCGCCAGACAAAUAUAUUUUGUUCGAUCUAUUUCAUCCCGGUUCUAAAUGGUAUGCUAGUGGAAAGAGCUCCCACCCUGUGCACUCUCGAGUGUGACAUUUCUCAAAUUCGACUACUUUUGUUAAACCAAUUUGCAAUGGAUGCUAUCCAGCAAUUUCUCUACGUAUUCCCUGAGCCAGCUCCACACAAGGGCACCGAGCCUGUCGAGGAGCUAUGUUUAGGCUUGCCACGCACAGGGAUCGAAUCGCUAAGCGUGGGUUUACAAAAACUAGGCCUUGACACGUACCAUGGUUGGGACCUGGUCUUCGAGCCUCAUGGCCGCAAGUUACAAUGUUGCCACGAACUAGUGAAACGGAAUCACCACGCCCCAGAACUAUUGGUCGCUUACCCCGGUGCUAAAGUGAUCCUCAACGGACGUCGUGACGUGUCACAGAUCGUUCGUCUAGCUAGAUACGCCUUAGUACUCCGCGCACUGAUUAGCAUUGUAUCCAUUGCAUACACCUGCCCAGUUACUUCACCCACUGGAAUGUAUCCCAAUGUUGAACCCCAAAACUUUGAAGACUGGGACCAGGGGAACUUUCAAGGUUGUGGAAAUUGUGCCGGUGUGGAGCCCGAGCAUCCUUCGGUGGAUCUAUGUAUAAUUGUAUUUUACUUCUCUACAUAUCUUGCGUUUGUCGGAGAUAUCGCAAUAACGACAAUACCGUAUGGACCAGGUCCGUUUGGUGCUCUUCUACUCUCACAUCCCUCAGAAUUCACAGCUGAAUCAAUCUUUGAGUUGGACCAUCCAAAAUCAUGCCAUUUGUGCAGACUAAGCCCGGCCAUGCCUACUCCAGAAGAUAUUGAUCAAUGGCUCGAGGAGACUUUUAUCGUCCACCCAGAAGCUGAAUACAAUGUCACUUCCGCUGAGAAAUUGGCUCUUAGUCUUCCCCCCUCUCCGUUUUUCAAACUCCAUUGGGUCCCUGCAUCGCGAGAGCUUAUCUUCCGGACACCGCAUUGGCGCACAGAUGGAGCGGGUUUGAUGAUGUUGCAAGAUGCUUUCUUGACACUUCUGUCCUCACCAGCCGAAGAAAUCAAUUUUGAUGGAUCUGAAAUCUCGCGUCUUCCUCCGACAAUGAAUGAGUUGUUUUGUUCUGGUUUUGAGGCUACAGAAGAGACUAAAAAGGCGUUUGAUGGCGAGUGGCAAGCGGUUUUUGAUCCCAGCCUGAAGCCACUGAGUUGGGUCAAACACGCUUUGCCUGGCACAAUCCCAGGAUCGACAGUUCGGCUCAGCCACAAAUUCUCUAAAGAUGAGACUAAGCAGCUUAUCACUGAGAUCAAGAAACGCGGGAUUACCGUUACGAAUGGUAUGGCGAGUGCUUUCAUGGUUACAGCAGCCAAUCAUGCGACCCCCGCAGAUGGCCGCUUUAUUUUAUUGAACCCUUUCAAUGUGCGGAGAUAUCUCCCAGCCCCUUGGAAUGGCACAGCGGGUGCAGGUGCUACGUACCAUACAGGUCGACUGCAGAGUUUCAACCUAGAAGACGGGAAGGAUUACGAGUCUGCUUGUCGGGCCGUGACCGAAUUCUAUAAUCGGGGCAUUAAAGAUGCAUUCAGCUUUAUGCCGUUGCUUAUCCAAGCUGCUACUUCUUUGGUGGACACUCCCGCUGAGGUUGCCAAUUCAGGAAAUGGGUCAGCAUCUGUAGAUCUGAGCCAGCUUGGCCUCGUUGACGAUCUACUUCAGACGCGUUACGAAGGGCCAAGAUAUACGCUCGAGAUUGAGGACUGGUGGACGGGUGUUGAAUUUGUGACCAAGAAACUGCAAGGAUAUACAUGGACUCGUGAUGUUAACGUUAAAGCUGUAUAUAUAGCAUUAGAUAGCUUGUUUAACUUUGCUAUGCAGAUAUCCUAUAUGUUAGAGGCACAAGCGCGACCCGGGAGGGGAGAAUCGAGUCACAUGACCAAAGCCGUGUCAUGUGACCCCCUACUUCGCACCUCGCUGGAGUUCAAAGCAGAACGAUAUAUAUUGACAUUAAGAAAAUAA